UGUGUAUUUUUUUUUAAAUUACUGUCUGGCAAACCAUUACAUUAUAUUAUCGAUUUGACUGAAUACUAAUAUCGAAUGGGUAAUAUUACACAUACGUUGAAAGAGAGAUGAAAAAAAACAUCCAAUUGACAAGAGACAACCAACAAUAGCGAGGAAAAAAUUCCAUUCGAUUUCGGUCAAAUUGUGAACAUUCACGUGAGAUAUUGGUCACACGCUAGUAAUAAAUUAAUUGUGCACAACAAACUUUCGACAUAAAAACACAGACAUUCAUCGAUCACAUAGGCACAACAAUUGUAGAGAGAAAAAAUCCAACUAGAAAAUUUCAGUGUUGUUGUCACAACCAAACGCAACCAAUUUAUAUUUGAGUGACUGACAUCGAAAUCAAAAAGCCACAGAAAAAAAGGUGAAAUAAAUUUCUACGAAAUAAUAGAAAUCUUAACAAAUUCAAACAAAAAAAAAAUUAUUAAUGACAAAGAGUUAAAACUAUAAAAUACUGUCAUUUCGCUGUGUUUUUUUCUGUGGUGGGCAAGAAAGACAAGACGACCUAUUGAAUUGAAAGUAACACACCAAGAAAAAAAAAACAUCUUAAUUGUGACUGAUUAAUACAAGACAACCGUCGAUCAAUAAUUUUUCGUUUGUCUGAAUUAAAAGCAUUGGAUUGUCUUGGCCGUACAAAGUGCACCUUGAUUGGGAAGAUAAAAAAAUUGAAAUUGUUUUGUAUUCUUGUUACUUUGGUUCCUUCGAUGUUAUCGAAUCAGUCGCUGUGAAAUAGCCGCAUGCUCAAAUCCAAAGGCAAAAAAAGAAGUGAAUUGAAAAAGAGAUUUAAAAAAAUGCACUGAGAACAUAGAGUACCAUCGUAAAAAUAAUGAGAAAAAAUACAUUCAGUUGAAUAGAAAGAACAUCAAGUAUAAAAAUAGUCGGGCAGCUAAACGGCAUUACACAGAAAAAAAACGAAUACGCAUAUAUGAAACGCGGGCCAAAUAGUGAGUGAAUCGAAAAGAGAUAGCAAGAGAACGCGAUUCAACGUUAAAGCAAAAUAGAAUUGAGAGUCAGUUGUGUGUGAGUGUGCGAAAAAAAAACCGAAGUUGAAAUUGCUGUUAUUUUUGUUGUUGAUUCAAUGAGAACCGAAAGCACAAACGCCACAUUUUGCCCAAUAGAUUGAUUAAUAUUACCGAAAAGAACACAAAGAAAACGCAACAAAAAUUGAAAGACAGAAAAAUAACGUGAAUGUGCGAUACGUUUUGUUGAUUAUUCGGUAGAAAGGUGAAGUCAAUUUGUGAAAUACAACUAACGUUUUUGACAUAAACUCUGCUCGACUGAGAUAAAGUAACGAAAGAAAAAAGUUGCUGAAGAUAUAUCAUAAUCACCAAAAAUAAGACGGAAAGACAUACACACGAAAUAGCAGCAAAUUUAAGUUAGCAUUGUUUCGAAUUAUAAUGAGUCGUCAUGAAGGUGUUAGCUGUGAUGCUUGUCUAAAGGGUAAUUUUCGGGGUCGACGCUACAAAUGCUUGAUUUGCUAUGAUUAUGAUUUGUGCGCUGCUUGCUAUGAAGAAGGUGCGACAAGCACAAGUCAUUCGGUCGAACAUCCAAUGCAAUGUAUUUUAACGCGUGCUGAUUUCGAAAUUUAUUAUGGCGGUGAACCAUCGAAUGGCGAACAGCCACAAAGCUUUACGUGUCCUUAUUGCAAGAAAAUGGGAUUUAGUGAUACAGGUUUAUACGAUCAUGUAAGCGCCGAACAUACAGACACUGGCCUAGAGGUGGUGUGUCCAGUUUGUGCUGCACUUCCUGGUGGCGAUCCAAAUCUAGUCACAGACGAUUUUUCUGGUCAUCUUACACUCGAACAUCGGACCGGACCACGAGAUUUAAUCUCAUUUCUGGAUGAACCAUCUGCGAUUCGUCAUGGAGGCGUUCGUCGUAUGCCACAUUCAGGCCGUGCAUUAGGUGGACCACGACCUCGACGCUCAAAUAUGCAUUUAAGUUCGUCAAGCGGUUUGUCAACCCUAUCGCCGUCCGGUCGUGAAUCGGUUGAUCCGAUUGCAGAGCUUCUAUCACAGUUGAGUGGUGUUCGCCGUGGCAAUCCACCACCAUCUCAAUUGCAACAACUUCAGAUGCAAAUUCAAUUGGAACGACAACAAGUAUCGGCUGCACGUCAACAACUAGAAAGAUUACCUCGUCGACCACAGCCAGUGUCAUCGUCAUCAGCUUCAAAUGCUUUGAAUAGCGGUUCGUCUGGAAAUUCAAAUGGAAUUGGUUCGACAAGCCAGUCGAACAACAAUAACAAUGCCGGUCGUGAUAUAACAAUAACAUCAAAUCCUCUAUUAUUGGCAGCUGCUGCGGCUGCCGCAUCAUCAUCAAAUUCAAACAUUGGAUCCGGUUCGAAUGCAAACGGUAUGAUUGGAUUUGGGUCGAAUAUUAACACAAACAUUUUGGGUACGGCCAUGCAAAACAAUGCAACAAAUCAAUCGAAUCCGAAUAACCGAUUCCUGUUGACCCGGUUCACUCAACCAACACUAGAUGAAUCAGAUUUAGCUCAGCUCGAACGCAGUCGUACUGAAAGAUCGCAAUUCGUGCAAUCAUUACUGUUGUCGACAUUAUCGAUUGCUGAUGAAACCGAUGAACAAAACAAUAUACAGGAUAUUACUACGGAUCCAGAACAAAUAUGUGAUGAUGAUAUGGCAAAUACAGUAUCCGAUUCGGUAACAUCGAACGCACCAAUGGCACGCGCCAGUGAAUACGAAGAGGCGAAAAAGAAGCAAGAAUCCGCAUCACACAGCGAUUUGGAUCCACAUCCGCCACAUUUGUCUGCUCCACAACCGCAGCAACGUAGCAGCUCAAAACCGAAAACUGGUUCAAGUAAAUCGAAUCAAUCACCACCAAAUCCACAAACAACAAAACCAGCACGGGAAAAACCUGUAACAAUGCCCAGCGACACACGGUAGUUUGCGCGAGACCAAUGUCUCAACACCGAUUAGCAAAUGGAUUGAACUACACAAACACGACACUACAAUACAAUUUUAAUGAACCGUUUGCAACGCAAACUCACACACAGCUGCUUAAACAACAUGUUAUAUCCUUAAACUGAAGUGUAAGAACAGAAAAAAACGGAUUUAAAAGAUUUAGUAUCAUCGAAAUUUAACUGUAUGAACAUUAUUCGGCGGGGGCGACAUUAUAAUUCCUGUUGUCAUCGUGCGUAUAUACAUUUCUAUUUUCUUCAAACGAUUCUAUUGAGGGACACAAACAAAGAGAGCAAACACCUACAUUUAGCCCAAGUGAUUAUAAUAAGAGAUGAGGAAGAGCUGCGUGAUUUGCUUGUAAGAAUUCAAUCCGUAUAGAUUGUAUUUUUAUAUAUUAUUUCGUGGAAAUGAACAUUUGUGAUAUGUGUUCGGGCUAAACUAAAAACUUCAAGCAUUUGACCUGCAAUCACUUCACUAUUUUGCUCGAUAUCGAAGAUGUCUUGUGAUCAUUUUACUGCAUGGCAAGGUCAAUCACAAAUCUUUCAUAUACAUACAUACACACAAUUUAAUUUAACUUGAAAACUCUCACAUUUUAUUGCGUAUGAUUUUUUUUUAAACUUUUUCUUUCAUUUAUGAUAUACUCUUAUUAUAUUAAAUUAAACAAAACAAAAACAAGAAACUCUUAUUAACAAAAUAGCCACAAAUUUAGUUUGUUAUUGAAUUCCAAAGCCAAAAUCUUCUACAUAUGAAAGAAAUUGCAAAAAAAUUAUUUAACAAUACAACAAAAAAAAUGAAGAAAAAAAGAUAUAAUGAAAUUAAGUUUCUUUUUUCUAAAACAAAAAUCAUAGAAAUUCACGAGCAAAAUGAUGUAUGAGCUACUGAUGAAUUGUAAAUUAUUCUUAAUAAUAAUCCGAAAUAAACCUCAAAAGGAUCUAUGAAAAAUAUGUGAA